ACUUAGCGCAUGCGCGUAAUACCUGUUUGAAAAAAUAUCAUAUAUCUGUGAAAACAGAUAGAUUAUCAUUCGAUUAAAUAACAAUCAACUGAUCAAUAAUUACCAAAGAAGUGUUCUCACUCGGCCUGUUGUUAAUCUUAAAUUUGCCUAGUAACGAGGCGAUCUAUCGAAAUAUGGCCUAUGUCCAUAGUAGACAUCAUUGAUAUCGUUAGUGAUUGGUAAAUAUUGAUCAAAUUUGGCCGAUGCCCAGUCGUUCGUACGCCCCAGUUUCGACCGAAUCGCCUAGGAAGAUUUCAAAGCCUGUCAGCGUCGAAAUUAUGCCUGCCAGACCAGUUAAAAGGUAAGUCUAAUUAUUCGGUCUUUACAUAUGUAUUAGCUUACCAUGCUUUUUUGGCUAUAUAUUCUAAAAAGGUUAUAGAUUUGAUGUAUUUCAUACUCUUUUUUCAAAAACCAUACGUCACACGUGACUCAUCUAUUUUUUUUCUAUAAUCUAAUUUCAAUAUAAUUCAGUACUCUACAAUUAAUACAUGUUACAUCGACAAAAAAAAGCUAAAUGUUAGAGUAAAAGUGCCGGUAGUGUACUUUUGUAGAACAAUGCAAUAAAUUAAAAAUCUAUAGGAUAAGGUCUGUUGAUAGUAAAUUGUAGAUCAAGUUCAAAAUAUUUAUUUAAGGAUUUUAACCAAUCUGAAGAUUAAAUAAUAGUCUUAAAUAGACAUGUAUAUACUAGGUUAUACCAAGUAUACGCUCUUUGCGUAGAGACAUAUUUGGUGCACUAUCAUUAAAGAGUUCAUACACUCUAUACUUGUUGCUUUCAUAAUUAAAUUCACUUUUGGUAAACAGUAGAACAAUAAGCAGUAUAUGUCGGUUCUUUUGUAACAAUAAUCAACCACACUAAAGAAUUAAUAGCAUACAUACACUUGAGAUUUAUAUAGGACUAGCAAAAUAGCUCCAUUUCGUUUCUCUAACGGUAAGGAAAAUACUUACAAUAAUCAAACGAAUUAAUUAUAAGAGAUCUCUAUUAGGUGGGAAGUCCUUCCAGGCAGGAAUAAGUACUUCUGCGACGGUCGCAUAAUUAUGGCGAAUAAUACCGGAGUCUUCAUCCUCACAUGCAGCCUUAUCCUUAUUACAAUGACCCUUUUUUUUGCCUUCGACGGGAGGCUUUUGGCACAAAGAGUCUCACCAGCUAUUCCUGUUGCUGCGGCUAUACUUUUUAUAUUCGUCAUGUCAACCUUAUUAAGAACGGCAUUUUCUGAUCCGGGUAUUUUACCGAGAGCAACAGUAGAAGAGGCCGCAUAUAACGAAGCUUACGAAGAACAGCAAAACCAUAAUGGUCAAAGGCCACCUCCUAGAACAAGAGAGGUUUUCGUUAAAGUGUCUAAAGAGAAAAAGGAUGGUGAACAAUCUAAUUUUGUGGAUGCAAUUAAGAAAAGUCCAGCUAGCAUAAUUGAAGCCAUUAUUUGCUUCUUCUCAAUUUGGUCUAUAGUAGGUUUGGCUGGAUUUCAUACUUAUUUAAUAGCCUCCAAUCAAACAACAAACGAAGAUAUCAAGGGCUCAUAUUCCAAUCGUCGCGGUGUCGACAACGUUAAUCCAUUCAGUGAGGGGAAUGUAUUUAAAAAUUGCUGUGCAAUACUCUGCGGACCGUUUACUCCCUCUCUCAUACGACGUCGAACUUACGUUGUUCCAGAAGCUUCUAGACACGGCUCAUCAAAUGGUGCCUUGACUGAAAAUAAUAUAAUCACGAAUAAUCGACAGCAGAAUGUUUACGGAACCGUAGAAAGCAUUCAUAUUCAAACAGAUGUGGUAAUAAUUUGCAUAAUUUACUUUUAUCUCUAAUUACUCUCGGUAAUACGCCAGUAAGAUAUAUAAAUCCCGUAGUACUUGGCUAAUUUUACAUAGCAUUUAUUAUAACUCUAUUCAUUUUCCCCAAAUAACGGCUAGAAUUGAAGCUGAAAUCGAUCCCAAUCAAACAAGAGGAAAAAGCAACUCCACCAGCUUACAGGGCGUCUCCAAUGCAAACAAGAACCGAGUGAAACCUGAACUAGUUGAAAAUAAUUUUGCUACUUAAACGCUUUCAUUAUUCUUAUAUCACUAAUGUUCCUUUCUUUAAAGGCAAAUUUUGUUUGAUGUUUUGAAAAUUUAAAGAUUAAUCGAUAUUAAAUGUAUUUUUGCUACCGUUUUUUGCCGUCUUUUAUUAUAUAAUCUAUAAGUUCUUCAGCAUUUUUAAAGUCUGAUUUUCCUGGAUUUUCUUUACGAGGCACUGGAGGCAUUAACUCUUGCAUUUUUUUGCCAAAAUCCUUGACCUAGUAUAAAAUUAAUAGUUAGCUUUGUUUAAGGUGACAUUUCCAGUUAAUAAACUUACAUUUCUUACACCAAGCA